AUGGACAACUCUCCGACCGCGUUAUUUGACUCAUAUGAGCAGGAUUUCAGACAAAUCAUUGACAGCAUUCGUUUGAAGCUUGACGGAGAAGGCAAGGAUGAGCGUGGUGAACAGCGUAGAGCAACACUCAGAAGAGUGGAAAUGGAGCUAGACGAGGCCGACGAAAUGAUAUCGCAAAUGGAGAUAGAAAUCCAGGGGAUACCCCAAUCCAUAAAGCCACAGUACCAAAACCGCCUCAAAACUGCCAAGGGAGACCUAGUGCGGUUCAAGAGGCUUUCUAAGGAUCUCCAUUCUCAAGUAUCAAGAGCGGAACUUCUUUCAUCAGGCAGGGUGGGCACACCCACAUCAGACGAGCCCUAUGGACCCACCAGUGAUCGUACUCGCCUGCUUGCGGGGACCGCCACUCUCGAGGAUGGUACAAGACGGCUACAAGAGUCACAACGCAUUGCCCUGGAGACGGAGGACCAGGGUGCUGAAAUACUGAUGAAUCUCAGAACGCAACGAGAGCAAAUUGAGAACUCUAGAGAUACCCUUCGCACCGCUGACACUGCUAUUGACCGAGCCUCAGGCACUUUGAAGAAGAUGGUUAGACGGAUGUAUCAACAACGUGUCGUCACCGCUGGUAUCAUUGUUGUCCUAGUCCUGCUAAUUGCAAUCAUUCUAUGGGAAAAAGUUUUCCGGUAG